ACUUCACUCCCUCUCCCAAAACACUAUAUAUUACUCCAUCAAAAACUCAUUCACUCACUGUUUCAAUAAAUUCUUUCAUCAUCAUCCACCAUUUUCCUCUCUCUCUCUCUCUCUCUCUUUUUCUCGCUUUGUUAUACUUCCUGUUCUUCUUCUUCUGCAUAUAUAUACAUAUCGGUGUGUGUUUUUUCUCUCGCAUGUUUUCUCUUCUCCGCAUUUCUGGGAUCUAGAAGCUUCCGCGUCAUCACCGUGCUCUCUUCAAUGCCGCUGCGCAGACGAUAAGUACUCCCGGAGUUUUUUCCGCCUCCUCAACGCUGCGUUUUACUACUGACGAUGCUUUUUUUGCCUUUGCGCACACUUGCUAUGUCAAUGUCGACUUCGCGUAUCUUCCUCCUCGCUCUCCUUUUCUCUUUCUCAGUGAACUCGGUUUCUACGAAUGUGCCAUUUGCUUCAGCUGAACGAGCUAAAAUGUGGUUAGUUAAACCUUCGUCUGGGCCAUCUUUUGCUCCUGUGCAAUCUCCAUCUUAUCAAGUUCCUAUUGCGACUCCAAGACCACAACUUCCUCAUUAUCACCAUCGUCACCACUGUGGGAAACCUUAUGCUGCCGCUCCAUCCCUUUCUAAAGACCAAGCUUGUAGCCAAAUCUGUACAGAUCCAUUAACUGCAACUCCUUUUGGUUCACCUUGUGGUUGUGUAUUUCCCAUGAAAGUCAGACUAGUACUGGAUGCGGCUCCUUUGGCUGUUUUUCCAGUAAUUGAUGAGUUAGAGAUUGAACUCAGUUCUGGAACAUAUUUGAAGCAGAGCCAGGUGAGGAUAAUGGGUGUCACUGCUGACAGUCAAAAUCAGGGAAAAACCACAAUUGAUAUUUACUUGGUUCCACUUGGGGAAAAAUUUGACAAUACCACUGCAGUUCUGUUGUCUAAACGGUUUUGGCACAACGAAGUUCCUCUUAAUAGGAGCCUUUUUGGUGAUUAUGCCAUCUUGUGUAUUACUUAUCCAGGUAUACCAUCGCCUCGGCCACCUGAAACCUUAACUGGGAGAGGUCACAUGCCCAGGGAGAGUAUUAAUGUUCUUCCAAUUACUGCAGACAUGAACAGCGAGAAUGAGAAAAUUAAUCUUAGAACAAUAAUCGUCAUUGCUCUAUCUUCUGUUGUACUCUUGUUGGUUUUGGUUGGAGCAUUUUACAUCAUUUUGAAAUGGAGGAAAAUUAGGAGACCAUCAAGUGCUGUUGGCCCUGCAUUCACAUCAUGUCUAAACAAGAGAUCUGGCAUGGAAUUUAUGUUGUCAAGAAGAAUUAUGAGCUCAAGAUCUAUGUCUCUUGCGUCCGCUCUCGCUCAUUCUAUUCUCUCGGUUAAAACAUUUUCCUUUUCUGAGCUUGAGAAAGCAACAACUAAGUUCAGUUCUCAGAGAGUAUUAGGAGAAGGAGGAUUUGGACGUGUUUAUUGUGGGACAUUGGAUGAUGGAAAUGAAGUUGCAGUUAAGCUGCUAACAAGGGAUGGUCAGAAUGGAGACCGUGAAUUUGUUGCAGAAGUUGAGAUGCUAAGCCGCUUGCAUCAUCGUAAUCUUGUGAAACUCAUUGGUAUAUGCAUAGAAGGGCCAAGGCGUUGCUUGGUUUAUGAGCUUUUUCGCAAUGGUAGUGUUGAGUCUCAUUUGCAUGGUGAUGACAAGAAAAGGAGCCCUCUAAAUUGGGAAGCACGGACAAAAAUUGCCCUUGGAUCUGCAAGAGGAUUGGCUUAUCUACACGAAGAUUCUACUCCUCCUGUAAUUCACCGAGAUUUUAAAGCUAGCAAUGUGUUGUUAGAAGAUGACUUUACCCCCAAGGUUUCUGAUUUUGGAUUAGCAAGAGAAGCGACCGAAGGAAAUAGUCAUAUUUCUACAAGGGUCAUGGGUACUUUUGGGUAUGUUGCCCCAGAAUAUGCAAUGACAGGCCAUUUACUCGUUAAAAGUGAUGUUUAUAGUUUUGGUGUUGUGCUGCUUGAGCUUCUGACAGGCAGAAAACCAGUGGACAUGUCUCAACCUCAGGGGCAGGAGAAUCUUGUAACGUGGGCUCGCCCACUAUUGAGAAGUAGAGAAGGUUUAGAACAGCUGGUGGAUCCAUCUUUGGCUGGAAGCUAUGACUUUGAUGACAUGGCAAAGAUGGCUGGUAUUGCUUUCAUGUGCGUACACCCGGAGGUCAAUCAGAGACCUUUUAUGGGUGAAGUUGUGCAGGCUCUUAAGUUGAUCCACAACGACACCAAUGAGAGUAACAAGGAGUCUUCUGCUUGGGCCUCGGAUUUUGGAGGUGAACUUGUCUUUUCUGAUAGCAGUUGGUUGGAUGCUGAAGAGUUAGCCCCAAGAUUAGCUUAUGGACAAGCAUCAACCUUAAUCACAAUGGAUUUCAAUUCUGAUCAUCUUGAAAUGAUGGAAAACAGACCGUUUUCAGCUUCAAGCUUGAAUGGAGAUGAGAUUUCUUUGCCGAUCAGGCACCGGGUUAGAUCAGGCCCCUUGAGAAUAGCCAAGAGUAAGCUACCAUUUACUAAGCUUACUCGAAGUCAGAGUGAACGUGUGGUACAUCCUUCCAAGCGUGUUUGGAAUGAUGAUGGUUACUGGGUUUAAGGUUUGAUGAUUCUUGUCAAUGGUUACUGAGUUUUAAAGGUUUGACAAUUAUUGCGUUUUUAAAA